AUGUCAAUUACAUCAACAUUAAACACCGGCACGAAUCAUGGUGGAAGUAGUAGACAACAUCCAGCAAUACCAUGUUUAAAUACAAAUUUAUUACAUGGAACAAUUUCAAAUCACCAUCCUCAUCAUCAAUUUCUUGAUCAAUCAUUAAUUACUUCAUCGUCGUCAUCUAUAGCAACAGUUACCAAUCCGGCAAAUGUAACAGCAGCUGCUGUGGCCGCCGCUGCAAGUAUGGCAGCAGCCAAUUUUAAAUUAUCAGCCGAUGAAUAUUCAACAUUUUAUUCUAUUAAUCGAAAUAAUCCCGCUUCAUCAUUUUCAACAUUAUCGGCCUCAUCGUCAGUACCAUCUAAUGGAAACAUGAUUAAUACUACACAAUUUCCCACAUCAGUGCAAUCCGAUGGGGCCUUUAAGAAAAUCAAACAUGAAUCGUUGUCAAUCAAUCAUCCCCAUUCAUCACACCAUCAUCACUCACAUCAUCCAUCAGCACACAUAUUGAAUAUUCAAACACCAAGUUUAUCUCCACAUUCCUCUAAUUCCAGUCAUUCAUCACAAUCAUUACAAAAUCCGGCCACUUGUCCAACACCAGCACGUCGACGACAUCGAACAACAUUCACACAAGAACAACUGGCCGAGUUAGAAGCUGCCUUUGCCAAAAGUCAUUAUCCCGAUAUCUAUUGUCGAGAAGAAUUGGCCAGAGUAACAAAAUUGAAUGAAGCUCGAAUUCAAGUCUGGUUUCAAAAUCGUCGUGCUAAGUAUCGAAAACAAGAGAAACAAUUACAAAAAGCAUUAUCACCUGUUUUAUCACCAUGUAAUGCAAUGAUGCGUAAUUUCUAUCAAAACUCAGCUGGUCGCCCCUAUCAAUAUGGUAGUAGUUUACCAAAUCCUAUUAAUUCAAUGAGCCGUUAUCCACCGAUGAGUUCAAUUUCAAUGGCAUCAAGUGCUUAUUCAUCAAUGCCACAACUUUCUCCUAUUACAGCUAGUAAUUUGAGUAAUAUGGGUAUUAGACAGGAUAAUCUUCCAUUUCAAGAUGACUGGUAUAAUAAAAGUUUAUCCUCUUUUCGUGUUGAUCAUGGUUUAUCAAAUUCUAUGUUACAUUAUCCAGCAUAG